GGCACCCGUAGCGAGGAGGGGGGGGCGGAGCCCGGAAGGGAGCAGGAUGGCGGCGGCUCAGGACCGUGACAGCGACGAUGAGGACCUGGUCAGCUACGGGACUGGCCUGGAGCCUCUGGAGGAAGGCGAAAGACCAAAGAAACCCGUUCCUCUUCAGGACCAGACUGUCAGGGAUGAGAAAGGAAGGUAUAAGCGCUUUCAUGGAGCCUUUAGUGGCGGCUUCUCCGCAGGAUACUUCAAUACUGUUGGCUCAAAGGAAGGAUGGACACCCUCUACCUUCGUGUCUUCAAGACAGAACAGGGCAGAUAAGUCUGUUCUUGGACCUGAAGAUUUUAUGGAUGAAGAGGAUCUUAGUGAAUUCGGAAUAGCACCUAAAGCAAUCGUUACCACAGAUGACUUUGCUUCCAAAACCAAAGACAGAAUACGGGAGAAAGCCAGGCAGCUGGCAGCCGCCGCAGCCCCUAUUCCCGGAGCCACGCUGCUUGAUGACCUCAUCACGCCAGCAAAACUGUCCAUUGGCUUUGAACUGCUGAGAAAGAUGGGUUGGAAGGAAGGACAAGGGGUCGGCCCUCGAGUGAAGAGGAAGCCACGCCGGCAGAAACCGGAUCCUGGUGUUAAGAUCUAUGGCUGUGCGUUGCCGCCUGGAAGCUCUGGAGGGUCUGAGGACGAAGACGAUGACUACCUGCCUGACAAUGUGACUUUUGCACCUAAAGACGUCAUGCCUGUGGAUUUCACACCUAAAGAUAAUGUACACGGACUGGCCUACAAGGGCCUGGACCCCCGCCAAGCCCUGUUUGGAAGGCCAGGAGAACAUCUGAAUCUUUUUGGCGGAACAUCUGAGGGGACCAGCCAUCUUCUUGAAGAUGUUGGACUGAGUAAAGGAAGAAAAUUGGGGAUUUCUGGCCAGGCCUUCGGUGUGGGCGCCCUGGAAGAGGAGGAUGAUGACAUCUACGCCACGGAAACCCUGUCCAAGUAUGACACCGUGUUGAAGGAUGAGGAGCCUGGGGAUGGCCUCUAUGGCUGGACAGCUCCCAAGCAGUACAGAAGCCAGAAAGAACCAGAGAGAGACCUUCGAUAUGUUGGCAAAAUCUUGGAAGGAUUUUCCUUGGCUUCUAAACCUCUAUCUUCAAAGAAAAUCUACCCACCCCCUCAGCUGCCCAGAGACUAUCGGCCGGUGCACUAUUUCAGACCCGUGGUCGCUGCCACGUCCCAGAACGCUCACUUACUUCAGGUGUUAUCAGAGUCGUCUGGGAAAGCAGGAGAAGCCACGGGGACCCGCAGUAGGCACCAGCUCAAUGCCUCCAAGCGGGGGGCGUUGUUAGGAGAGAUGCCUGUGCCAGGAUCAUCUACUUCAGUGUUGGAGUUUCUGUCCCAAAAAGACAGAGAAAGAAUUAAAGAAACGAAGCAGGCAACUGACCUUGACCUGAAAGCAGCUCAGGCCAAGGCCCGGAGUCUGGCCCAGGCGGCCUCCAGCAGCAGAGCCCAGACCCCCACGCCGGACCUCGCAUCCAGCCGGUGGCAUCUGGCGGCGGGCGGGGGGACGGCGGCCACCGCAAGAGCCAGCAACUUCAAGCCUUUCGCCAAAGAUCCCGAAAAGCAGAGACGAUACGAAGAGUUCUUAGCUCUCAUGAAGAAGGGUCAGAAAGAUGCUCUGGAGCGAUGCCUGGACCCCAGCAUGACGGAGUGGGAGCGAAGCCGAGAGCGGGAGGAGUUUGCCCGGGCGGCCCAGCUGUAUGUGUCGUCACACGCCACCCUGUCCUCCAGGUUCACUCACGCCAAGGAAGAAGACGACACGGAUCAGGUUGAGGUUCCUCGGGACCAAGAGAAUGACGUCAGUGACAAGCAGUCGGCUGUGAAGAUGAAGAUGUUCGGGAAACUCACCCGAGACACGUUUGAGUGGCACCCUGACAAACUUCUGUGUAAGAGGUUUAAUGUCCCUGACCCUUAUCCAGGCUCAACGUUAGUUGGCCUGCCCAGAGUGAAGCGGGAUAAAUACUCAGUCUUCAACUUCCUGACGAUCCCGGAGCCAGCCCCUCCACCCACCACCCCAGCUCCCAGUGAAAAAGCCCCGCGGGGGCCGCAGCAGCAGCAGCAGCAGCAGCCGCAGCCGGGUUCUGACAAAUCCAGGAAACCGUCCCGAUGGGACACAUCCAAACCGGAGAAGAAGGAAGACUCCAUUAGUGAGUUUUUGAGUCAGGCUAGAUCAAAAGUCGGCCCACCGAGACAAGACCCCAGCGCCUCCGGAGACAAAGAGAAGGAACGGGCCCCGGAGCCAGGCCCAGACAAGACUGCAGAUCAAGGCGUGGACACACAGGGGGAUGGGGAAGGUAGCCGCCCGCCCAUGGACUUAUUCAAGGCCAUCUUUGCCGGUUCGUCUGACGAGAAGUCCUCGUCCUCAGAGGAGGAGCAAGAUGACAGUGAAGACAGUCAGGAGCUCACCGAGGAGGCCGGCUUUAAAACUUCCCAGGAAGCUGCUGCCACAGGGGAGACCUCUGUGACCCAGGCCGCCGAGCCGGAACCUUGUGAGCCUGCAGUCCCCUUCCCCAUCCAGAAGGCACAGAUCGAUGAGCGAGAAGAGUUCGGGCCUCGGCUGCCUCCUGUCUUCUGCCCCAACACUCGCCAGAAGCUUGAGACACCUCGAAAAGAGAAACCCAAGAAGAGCAAAGAAAAACACAAGACCAAGAAGGAGCCCAGACGGAAGAAGGAGAAGAAAAAGAAGCACAAGAAGCACAAACACAGAAGUCGGCAGAGGAACAAGAGGUCGGGAAGAAGCAGCAGUUCCGAGAGCUCGGGCAGCAGCGACAGCGAUGGAGGGGAGCCAGCAGACCUGUCCCCCCAGGAGCUGCUGAGACGACUGAAGUGUCUCCCCCUCAGAAGGCAGUAGUGGAGCCCUGCCCUGGCCUGGCCCAGCCAGGAGUCUCCUCCAUGACAGACGGACGUCCAUCGACUCCCAGCUCUCACAUUGUACAGAAUGUAUUUACAUGUAAAUUCCUGCUGUAAAAUAAUUUUUUAAAAACAUUUCGCAGGCUGCCCUGGAAGGUUGCAGGAAAUGAUUUCUAUUUUUAACCCCAGUUCCUGUUACAGUGUAAAAGGACUGAGAAGUUUAAUUAAAGUGGCUCUUAUUUAUUUA